UUUCUUUACAAUUUCUUUAUAAAAUCACCAACAGGUCAGAACUCCAAAAAAACAAAAACAAAAAAAUGCUUCUGUAGAAAACAUGGAAACAGUGCCCCCUAUAGGACAAAAUAAAAUCAAGUUACUUUUUGCUCUCCAUCAGUGAACAUUAGUGUGUGUUUAGAUUUAUUAGCUGAUAAAGCAAAUAAAAAAAAAGCAUGAUGUUUGUGUGUGGAUUCUGAUGAAAUGUUCUGAAGUUUCUGUUUCACAGCUGAAUUAGAUGAACCCAGAGGAGGAGCAGAAGGUUUCUCUGGAGAUGUUUGAGCUCCUGGAGGUGGAGAGUGAAGCGUGUUGCUUUUGUGCUUGCCGUCUCCUCCUGUGUGGGGGAGUGCGUUAGACAAAGUGUGUCGCUGCAUGUCACCUGGCACUCGGCUUCUCCCCACUUCCUGUUCCACUUCGAGUCUCGCAGAAGCGCACCAGCCUCGUCUGCCGUGUCCUGCUCGACGCCGCCUGAAGAAAGCGUAGUUCAGCCAUGCCGUCCCCGAUGAGGCUCUCCGGCCUGCUGCUCCUGGUCUUCGGGCUCCCCGGGGCAGAGGCCACAAUGCUGACUGACCCCCGCCUCUGCUACAUCUUGGACGGGUUCCUCGGCCUGUACGGCCUCAUCAUCACCGGCAUGUUCAUCAAGGAGAAGUUCUUUAGACCAAAGGUGAAGUCCGAUGAAAACAUCUAUAACGACCCCAGGGUUACAACUACUCAUAGAGACCCCGAGCAAGGAAGACAGAGACGGAAGACAGAGGACAUUUACACGCCUCUGAGGGAACAAGACCAAGGAGAGUACAAGGAGAUUCGUAAGAAGGAUCGCCCGAGAAAAAAUGACCAGGUCUACCAGGACCUGAGCGCAGCCAGCAGAGACACCUAUGACGCUCUGCACAUGCAGCCGCUUGCUGCCCGCUAACGGAGCUAGAGCGGUGUUCUGGCGUUGAAGGCGGAGCCUAAAGUCCUGUUGAUAAUUCUGACAUGCCGACGGUGCCUAAAAGAAAACAUAAAAUGUGCUUUUGGAUCUGUAAAAAACAAAUUUUAAAUUAUUUCAUGGUUUUUGUGACCUUCCAAACAAAACACCCCCACAUCAGAAUCAUUUACCUUAAUUAACAAAGUUAAUUUGUACUCAUAUGAUUUAAAAAAGUAACUUAUUUGAAUAAAUUAUGUAAUUUUUUUUUAUUUAACACAAUUUUUUAUUUUUUUUUUCUUGCAAAAGAGACAUUUCCUCUUAUAAAAAAAGGUGUGUUUAAAUUAAGUCAAGCAAGAUAAUAGAGCCAAAGACAUCAAUAGUAUACAUAAUUUAUAAAUACGGAAAAAAAGUAUAAUCAACAAAACUUUUAUUCGGUUCCAAAACAUCCUUUAAAAUGUUAAAAAUACCAAUUAAAGUUUUUUUCCUUAUCAUUUUUUAAACAGUAUUGCACCAUUUUUAAGUUUAGCGACAUACAAAUUAAUUUUCAGCACAUAAAAUAACUGAGAAAAAUUGUACUUCUCAACUUUUUAAGGAUUUUUGUAUCUAAUUUCAUAUUGUCUUGUACAUUUUUUUUACAGUUUUUUAUUUUAUGUUGCAACGUGUUAUGAUACAUUUCCUUCUGUCAUUUCUUCUUUUGCAUCAAUGUUGUUUGUUUUAACAUGAGAAAAGUCUUUUUCUUUUAUUAUUUUUGGACUUGACAUAUUUUUUUUUUGUUUGUUUGUUUCAUCCUGAGAAUAUUUCAGCAAGUUUGAGCUUUAAUUUUGAUGAUUUUUGUAACAUUGUUGGAUGUACUUUCUGCUUUAUCAAUAAAGUCAUGUUUGUCAAAGCGA